AUGUACUACCAAGAGAUGCUCAACGACUGGCUCAAGGACCAUGUCCUUCAGGCUCCAUACAUGAAGGAUGAGCCUGCCUUUUAUCGCAACAUUGAGAAGCACCUCGAUACCCUCCGAGCUGACUUCAGGCUCUCUACAGCAAAACCUCGCUGGGACGAUACUGUUAUUGAUUGGGCGUCUAGCGACUUCCUCUCACUGAACCGUACCGGCCGGAUUCGAGACGCCUACCUCAAAGAAAUGACUAAGCAUGGCGAAGACUGGGACCUCAGUGCUGCAGGCUCUCGCCUUCAGUACGGAAACUACAGCUACUUGAUCGAGGUCGAGAAGCAGGUUGUCGAGUUCUUUGGCUCCGAAACUGCCUUCAUUGGUCACUCGGGCUUCUUGUGUAACGUUGGCAUCAUUGGCGCCGUUGCACUGCCUGGUGACUGUUACCUCUACGACGAACUGGUCCAUGCCUCAACCCACGAGGGCAUGAAGCUCAGCCGGGCAUCUCACAAGGUCUCCUUCGCCCACAACGACGUGCUCUCUCUGCGUACGAAUCUGAAAAUACUCCGGGACGAACAUCCAGAGUUCAAAGCUGGUACCAAGUCAAUCCUCAUUCUUGUAGAAUCUAUCUACAGUAUGAAUGGAGACGUUUGCCCUCUCAAGGAGUUCGUUCAGGCAACUAAAGAGAUUUUCCCUCUCGGUAACGCACAGUUUGUCAUAGACGAGGCACACUGCGUCGGCGUCCUUGGACCUAAAGGUCGGGGACUGGUCUCGAUGCUCGGCUUGGAGAAGGAAAUUGCAAUCCGGGUCCAUAUGUGUAGCAAAGCUAUGGCCUCGACUGGGGGUAAGUAUUCAUCUGCCUCCCUCCCCCACCCCUACCUCCCCGGUUUGAUCUUGUGCAACAAGACCAUCCGUGCCGUGAUCAUGAAUCAGAUGCGGUUCGCCGUUUACAGUGGCGCUCCAUCGUUCCCCAUGGUCGCCUCCAUCAGGGCCGGCAUCGAACUGCUCUCUACCGGAGCAACGAUCAAUGAGCAGCAGAACAUCCAAGACAUUGUAGCCUACUUUUUCGAGAAGCUAACCACUAAUAUGGAGUGGCAACGAGCUAAAUCUGCGGGCCUCCUUUCAUGUCCCCUCUCGGAAGGCUGGGAGCAGCGCGUCUACCAUACGCAUAUCGUACCCAUCUGGACUAAGCCGCGCCACGAGCAGUAUCUGUUCUUCCACAUGAUGUCGGAAAACAUGAAUGCCUACAGCUUCGCAUAUCCGGUCGUCCCAAAGGGCAAAAGCCGUGUUCGCAUGGUUUUUCAUGCCCACAACACCAAGGCCGACGUCGACAAGACGGUCAGCACUAUAGCCGAGUGGGUCAGGGAGAUGCUCGAUAUCGAACAGGACCAGUCGGCAGAAUAUGUCCCUCGCAUCGCUAGCGAGGUGUACGGCAUGAAGGCCGCGGUCAGGGGUUAA